CUCAAUAUUCUCAUACAACAAACACAUAUGUAUGCAUUCUAUAAAUUCAUGAGAACUCAAAUCCUCUUCUCCAUCAACCAAUAUCAUUAAUUUCUUCAACAUUCUCAUUCUCAUCAAUCUCGUUAACAACAAUAAUAUUACCUUUUUUCUUCCAUUAUCUGUGUAUCAAGUAAAAGAAAAUAAUUAAUUAUAUUCAACUCAUAUAAUAAAGUAAUAUAUUAACAUUCCAGUUUGCAUUCGAUGGCUUUUAGAAUUACGACUAGUUUUAUUGUCACAUUGGUGCUACUAAGUUCAAUAUGUGAUGCACAAUUGUCUUCUACGUUUUACGAUGGUACAUGCCCUAAUGCAUUAAGCACUAUCAGAACUGCCAUUCGUACUGCUGUCUCUAAGGAGCGUCGUAUGGCUGCAUCUCUCAUUCGUCUUCAUUUUCAUGAUUGUUUUGUCCAGGGUUGUGAUGCAUCAAUUUUGCUAGACGACACCUCCACAAUUGAGAGUGAAAAGAGUGCACUUCCAAAUCUUAAUUCUGUAAGAGGUUUCCAAGUUAUUGAUAAAGCAAAAGCUGAUGUAGAGAAAGUAUGUCCUGGAGUUGUGUCUUGUGCUGACAUUGUAGCAAUAGCGGCACGUGAUGCAUCAUUUGCUGUGGGUGGUCCAUCAUGGACGGUAAAACUUGGAAGAAGAGACUCUACCAUUGCUAGUAAAAGUUUGGCCAAUUCAGACCUUCCAAAAUUUACAGAUGAUCUAACAACUCUAAUAUCCCAUUUUACCAAUAAAGGUCUUACUCUCAAAGAUAUGGUUACUUUAUCUGGUGCUCACACAAUCGGACAAGCUCAAUGCUUCACUUUUCGUGACAGGAUAUAUAACAAUGCAAGUGACAUAGAUGUUGGGUUUGCUAGCACUCGUCAACGUGGUUGUCCAUCUUCAAGUACCACCACAAACAAUCAAAAGUUGGCAGCCCUAGACUUGGUUACACCAAAUUCUUUUGACAACAACUACUUUAAAAAUUUAAUUCAGAAGAAGGGUCUUCUUCAAUCAGAUCAAGUUUUAUUCGGUGGAGGAGGAUCUACAGAUUCUAUCGUUUCUGAAUACAGCAAAAAUCCUACAACUUUUAAGUCUGACUUUGCCGCUGCUAUGAUAAAGAUGGGAGAUAUCCAACCCUUAACCGGAUCUGCUGGAAUCAUAAGAAGUAUAUGCAGUGCUAUCAAUUAAUUUUACAAAAUUCUUUCUUCAUCAGCAUGCAUCAUUUGUUUGCCAAUUGCUAUUAAUGGUGUCUGUUAGUCUCUUUCAUCAUUAAAUUAAUUCUUUUAUACAUUUGCGUUCCUUUUUCUACAAUUGUACGGUGUUUAUAUAAAGAUUUAUUAUCAAUUCAUUUUAUUGUAUAUGUGUUAGCUAUUUCAUAGUGAUCAAUAAAUUGUAAUAUAUCUUGUCAAAAAAAA